GGGGUUAUACAAAGUUCAUCAUGGCUGAGCUGACACCGGCAAUUGAAUUUCAAAUACUUGAAUUAUAUAAGUUUCUAGUAUUGUGUAUUGCUUAAUAUUGUUGUGCUUGUGUCUAUAUUAUCUUCAAUGGCUUCUGUGAAAGUGGCCGUACGCGUUCGGCCUCUUAAUCGAAGAGAGAACGAACUGAACGCGAAAUGCAUAAUAAAAAUGGAAAAUAAUAAAACUACAAUUUAUAGCUCUCAUGGGGAAGAAGAAAAAAAAGACUUUACGUUUGAUUUCUCAUAUUGGUCAUUCAAUAGCCGUGAUAGACAUUUUGCCACUCAAGAAAAGGUAUUUAAAGACUUGGGAGUUGAUGUUCUUAACUCAGCAUUUGAAGGCUACAAUGCUUGUAUUUUUGCAUAUGGUCAAACUGGUGCUGGAAAAUCAUAUAGUAUGAUGGGCUCUGAGGGAGCUGAAGGCUUGAUUCCUAGAAUAUGUGAGGGUUUGUACUCGCGUAUGAAUGAAAAUAACAACAAAAAAACAGAAUUCAAAACCGAAGUGAGUUAUCUUGAGAUCUACAAUGAGAAAGUAAGGGACCUAUUAAGACCUUCCAAAGGCAAGGAACAGUAUAACUUAAAAGUUAGAGAACAUCCUAAAGAAGGUCCUUAUGUGCAAGAUUUAACAAAGCAUUUGGUUGGUGAUUACAAAGGCAUAGAGAAUUUAAUGAACACUGGCAAUUCUCAAAGGAUAACAGCUGCAACCAACAUGAAUGAUACAAGCAGUAGAUCUCAUGCUAUUUUUACUUUAGUCUUUACUCAAGCAAAGUUUGAUACAGAUAUGCCUAGUGAAACUGUUAGUAAAAUACAUCUGGUUGAUUUAGCUGGAAGUGAAAGAGCAAGUUCAACAGGGGCAACAGGGGAAAGACUAAAAGAGGGAGCAAAUAUCAAUAAAUCUUUGGUUACACUUGGCUCUGUAAUCUCCGCAUUGGCUGAGCAAUCUGAAAGAAUGUCAAACAUGAACAGUGGAGGAAAGGAUUCAAAGAAAAAACUUUUCAUUCCAUACCGUAAUUCUGUACUAACAUGGCUUCUCAAAGAUAGUCUUGGAGGAAAUGCAAAGACAAUUAUGAUUGCUGCUAUUUCACCGGCAGACGUGAACUACUCUGAAACACUGAGUACAUUACGAUAUGCAAAUCGAGCCAAAAACAUCGUCAAUAAACCAACAGUCAAUGAGGACGCCAAUGUUCGAUUGAUUAGAGAACUUAGAGCUGAAAUUGAGACACUGAAGGCAAUGCUACAGAAACAGAAUACGUCCGGAGGAAUUCCUGGAAUUGGACAAGCGGAAGAAACACUUAUGACUGCACGGCUACACGAGAACGAAGCUAAAGCCGAAGAGCUUACACGUAACUGGACUAGCAAAUGGAAAGAAAGUCAUAAGAUCAUCGAGGAGAGAGCUUUAGGAUUUCGUUACGAAGGAGCUGGGGUAAAAAUGGAGUCUGAACUACCUCAUUUAGUUUGUAUUGAUGAUGAUAUCUUAAGUACUGGCAUUACAAUGUAUCAUUUGACGGAUGGUAGGACUUAUGUGGGAAAAGACGAUGCGAAAGAAAAACAAGACAUCACCCUGAACGGUCCUGGCAUCGAAUCUGAGCACUGUAUCUUGGAAAGCAUUGAAGGUCAUGUGACUGUGCAUCCUUUGUCAGCAUUGUGCUCGGUCAAUGGUGAAGUGAUUGCCGAAUCUCAACGGUUAAGACAAGGUGAUGUACUUCUACUGGGUAAAACAAACACAUUUCGUUACAAUCAUCCCGGCGAGGCGGCAAAAUUACGCAAAAAACGAAUGUUCCAAUCUAUGGACAAUCUUUCCUCGAAAGAGACCGACUUAGAGAAAAAGCCGUCAUUUCUUCUCUACAAUGCCAGUUUGGAAUUAGAAAGACAGUAUAUGGAGGAAACCAAAAGAAUAGAACAACAAAGGUUAGAAAUGGAGCGUCAGCAAAAGGAAGCUGCUGAUCGACUAGAAAAGGCGAGGCAAGAUGUUGAGGCACUUCAAGAGCAACAACGUCAGGCUGAAGAAUUAAAAAUGGCUGAGGAAGAAAAUCGUCGUUUACAGUUAGAAAAGAGAAAGGUUGAAAUUGAAGAAGAGAAGAAAUUAAUUGAAGAACUGAGACAAGAACAAGAAGAGACCAAACGUAAGGCAAAACACGAACUAGAAUCCUUUCGGGAGAAGAUAGAAGAACAACAGAAUGAAGAAAAGAGGAAGUUAGAUGCAGAAAUGGAUAGAUUGGCAUUACUGAAGGAACAACAUGAUUUGAACGUGGCGAGCAAAGAACAGGAAAUACAGAAAAUGAAAGAUGAGCUGUUUAACAAAUGGGAAGCAGAGAAAAAAGAGGUUGAAAAGCAACGAGAGCAAAUUGAAAUUUUAAGAAGAGAAAUCGAAGAAAAAGAGGAGGCCGUGAAGAGAGCUGCGUCACCAGAGAUGGCAAAAAACAGCAACAAUUCCACAACGUCGUUUUCUAAUUUGAAUCAAAAUAUCAGUGGUGUUUCCACUGAGCUCAGUGAAAGUUCAUCUUCUAAAUUGGAAGCACAGUCUCAUGUAGAAAUGUUACGUAAUAAACUGAAGCAACUGGAUCUUGAGUUACAGCGCCAUCGUGUCAUAGCUAAAGGCGAGAUAAGCGCAGCGAAAAACGCUGUAAAGUUGGUGGAACAAGAAACACUUCAGGGAAAAAGAAGUUUGGCGAAUGGUAAAACGGACAUUGAACAAGCCUGGAGGCAUCUAGACACCAUACAAGCAAAGCACAAGGUACUUGAAGAAGAUUUGUUAUUGAAAAUCAAUGAAAUUCGCGAAAAAUUGGAAAAGGCUGAAGAUACGGAGGAAGCUGAUCUCUUGGAAAAAGAGAGAGUUAUAAUGGAGCGACGGGCUGCUAGGAUGAAGGUCGAGGAAGCCAGGCGACAGAUUGAAGAAUUAGAGAGCGAAAAUAGAACCAUGGAUCUUGGCGAGGCUGACUUUAACAAGAAAAAAGAAUCCUUAGAGAUUGAAGCAAAAGAAGAAAUGAAAGACAUCAGAGAAGAAAGAAAGAUAUUACUAGAACUGUUAAGCAAGCAUCAAGUUGCUUUAACGAAAGCGACGCAGAUGGUUACGGAGACUAAAGUGAAAUUGGAAAAUUGCCUAGAAAACGAGCGUUUGACGUUACAGCCGCAACGUGAGAGAGUCGAGCUUCUUGUUCGAAAUGAACUUGGACCUUUAAUAGAAAUGGAAGGAAACGUUGAAAGACGUUGUGAGGACUUAGAUCGUGAAAACCGUGAAAGGAAAAAGCAAAUUUAUAAACAACGUAAACGGAUUACUUUUCUUGAAAGGCAGCAUAAUCAGGCACUACAACAGGCUGAGAAAGAUACUCUUAACAAAGAUGAAUUGGAGGAGCUUGAAAACGAGAGAGAGGCUGAGAAGAGCUUAAUUCGAAAAGAAAAACUUCGCUUACUUGACAUGGAAAAGAAACACAAGGAACAUCAAGAGAUUGGUGAGAUGACAAUAAGUGAAGCUGUCGAAGAAUUGGAGAAGAGAAAGGCAAGUGUUAACGUAGCACUUACACAGGAACGCUCAAAACUUGGUGAAAUGGAGUCGGUGCAUAAAGAGACUUUGGACUUUAUAGAACGUGAAUUGGAAGAACGUAGUGGUAUAUUGCGAAGAGUUAAAGAAAAAGUGAUGAAGGAUAAAAGAACUUUAGCAAAACUUGAUGCAAGACAGCAAAGGGUGGCAGCUAAAGCGGCUGAAGAACUAUUUAUGAUGGCAGAAGUUCUCGAGAAAGAGAUGACAGCCAAAGGCAAGUUUGAUGAACUUGCUAAAAUCAAAGAACAUCGCAAACGAUUACAAGAUCUAGAUAAGCAGCUAAAGAUUGCCGAAAAAAAAGAAAAAAAUUCUAGACUUGGCGUCGGUGAUGACGCCAAUCAAUGUGUUUUAAUAUAAAAUAGUGGAGUAGAUCGCUGAUAUUUUUGUUGUGAUGUAAGACUCAGAUCAAUAAGAAGAUGCCGUGACAGAUCUCUGCACGCAAUCUUUUUGACUGCAUCAAAAUGAUCAAAUAUUUAGGGCAAAGUGAAGUAUUUUUUUAUUCAUUGUAUUGAAUAACUAGAGCGAUACAUCUCAUCAUAAGUUGUUUAAUGAAUACCUUUGUGACAACUUAUGUUCUUGUAUAAACUGUCUCAGGUGUGUUUCUAUGAAUCCAGCUGUGCUAGUGCAAGUGAAAAUUGCUAUUAUUUAGAAUUUUCGUUUUUAGUUUUCGCUAGUAACGAUUGGUUUUGAAUAAUCGGUUUUUAGAUGCGCAACGUCAAAGGCUUUAUAUAAACACACCUUAUAGCCUGGUCAAUUAUAUUACAAUAUAUUUAAUUCAUUGCUAUGAAUGAUAAGCUAACAAAUGGCUAUGACGAAGACCAAUAAUGAACUGGUUUAUGUAAUAAUAUUUAAAAUCGUAUGUACAACGCACUAUUUAAUUACAAUUAGGUUAUAGAAUUUGCCUGGAACACGUAAAUUUGAAUAAGUUGCUACGUUGCUUUGGGAAACCAUUUUCUUUUGCUCCGAUUCAACUUCACACGUCAAGUGAUACAGUGAAGAGUUGUUUGAUAAAUUAGACCAGGAACGUUUCUUGUUUGAAAAUCAGUAACUAGUUUUCUUGGUAGUGGUAGUUGGCAAUCGCAGGUCGAUUUUAGUGGAGAAAUUUAUUUAAUAAUAAAAAUUCGCUUUAAAUUUAAAA